UCUGUAACUUAUAUAAUUCAAUGCAGUUGUCAUCUUCUCUUUGGAUGGUUUUGCACGGUUAUUCAUAGUUAGGUAUUAAAAAAAACUUUAUAUAGACUAGUAAUAUCUUGCUGUCUUUGUUCUGAUUAAGUUGCUUGUGAGUGACAGGCUGCGAAAUGUAUAAUCUGGGGACUGGGAAAGGAACCUCUGUACUGGAAAUGGUGACAGCAUUUGAGAAGGCCUCUGGAAAGAAAAUCCCUCUGGUCAUGGCUGGAAGGCGGCCUGGUGAUGCUGAAAUUGUUUAUGCAUCAACUGCUAAAGCAGAGAAGGAGCUGAAUUGGAAGACAAAGUAUGGCAUCGAUGAGAUGUGUCGGGAUCAGUGGAACUGGGCUAGCAAGAACCCCUGGGGAUAUGGAUCACCUGACUCAGCUAACUGAAGGAACAAGUCUUUACAAUAACAUCAGCUUUUCAAUCCGUAAAGUAUAGGUCUAGCUAAUAUCCUCUUCUAUGUAAUAAUCUUUGGUACAAAUAAAUAUGCUUAUGUCAUGAGAGAGGCAUGACUUUCAGAAUGUUUCUUGCUGUUUAUUUCUGAAAGACUUUGUUUCCAUCCUAUGAUUGCUGCGGUGCUGGAUGGCCAUAUGACCUUUUCUUGUAAUUUUAUUGACCACCAGUGGGCACCUUGGUGCUGUACUUGGAGGAGGGAAAGGUCGAUGGUUUGAAUGUGUUAUAAUUAUAGAAAAUUUUCACUAAUGUGGUUCUUAGGAAAGGUUAUAUAUAAAAUUUUCCAAGGAA